GAACCAAAUAACUAUCAACAACGGAGACCAUGUCAAAAAAUCGCUUGCAAAAUACUCAAGGGGGCGUAGUAAACACAAAAGGGUACUUGAAUAUAUGUUGUCCUGAUUUGGCAGUGGUUAGCAAAGUACUGCCUUAUAUGUCGUGUUCGGCUCAACUCUCCUCUCUGUCCACAACACCCUCUGCGAUUGCUGAUACACGAUGUUUGAUCGAUUUAAGUUUUCUAAGAGAGGACAUUCUCCUGCACCUCCCGGUAGCCCUUCGCGACCCUCGACCUCCGUUCCCAGCCCCCAGAUCACUACUUCUCCCACUGAAAGCGAUCCAACAACUAGCACAGAUUGCGGUGGAUCUGAUAGAUCCCGUCUUGAGCCUCUUACUACUACUGGCGGUAGUUCUCGAGGCCAGAAGCAGCGGUGGUCUGUUCGGCACGCUAUAGAUCAGCUGUUCAACAGAAAUCCCAGCCCCGAUCCCACUCAUAUCGACCAAUCGAACUCCCCCGAUCCCAUACAAUCUGACCCCUCGGCGCCCGAUCUGCCAUCCCCAACCGUCCCUGCUGGUGACGGAAAGAAAACAAUCAUCGCCGCCACAAGGCUCGUCCUCCAAACUGCCGCCUCUGCCCUUAAUUUACGAGACCAUCGACGACAACGACGAAAAUCUCAAGGGAUUAGACGAUGAAGUUCGAAAGGCUCACGAAACGAUUUUUAGGCCUCUCCAGUUGUGGACUGGCCAAGUUCCUCUCGAAAUAAGUGAUCUGAUUCCACGAUUUAACUUAGCUCUCAAACAACAAGUAAAGCAAAUCGAGGCACUCAAACGUCAAAAGCUUGCCAAGAGGGUAAUUUUAGCGACUGAGAUAACGCAAGAAAUAAGCGCCGUACAGUUGUGCAUCCGUGAUGCUGUCUCCCGCUUUU